UCCUUCGCCUUUUCCUUUUCCCUUUCAAACUUCUCCUUCCUCCUCCAAACUCUCUCUCUCUCUCUCUCAACACAACAGUGGUAGUGUGUCAUGCCUUGUGGCCCCUACCCUCUCCUCCCACUUGCUCCUACCUUCUCUCUCUCUUUCUCUUUCUCUUUCUCUUUCUAUCUUGAUGGUCUUCUGCUUCCACUCUUUCCUUUCUCCAUAACCGUGAGAGAUUCAUGCUUGCGCCCUCCGACAAGGGACAUGUUUCCGCUUCUUUAGCCUUCUCUCAAUUCAACGAGAUAUGAAGAACAUUCUCAAGAAGCUUCAUAUCAUGCCUACUACUAACCAAUCACAAGAGGACCAAGCUCCUGCUUCAUCAAGGUCCAAUAAGAAGAUUUCAAAUUGGUUGCAUUCUGUAUCCAAUAGGCAGACUCCGAUUCCGACUCCGGCGACGGCGACGGCGACGGCGACGGCGACGGCGACGGAGAUGGAGCCUUCUGAUUCACUUGCCGGUGCCGGUUUGGAUUCGGCGCCGUCUAGCACUUUUAGGGAACCUGAAGUGGACGACGACGACGAAGAAGAAGAAUAUCAGAUACAACUUGCUUUAGAGCUUAGUGCAAAGGAGGAUCCUGAGGCUGUUCAGAUUGAAGCUGUUAAGCAGAUUAGUUUGGGAUCCUGUGAUCCUCAUAACACGCCGGCACAAGUCGUUUCAUAUCGGUACUGGAAUUACAAUGCUCUUGGUUUUGAUGACAAGAUCUCGGAUGGUUUCUAUGAUCUGUAUGGGACUGUGACUGAGUCUAACUCUGCAAGAAUGCCAUGCCUUUUGGAUCUGCAAGGAACAUCAACUUCAGAUUCUGUCACUUGGGAAGCAAUCUUGGUCAAUAGGGCUGCAGAUUCCAGUUUGUUGAAACUCGAGCAGGAGGCCCAAGAGCUGGCAGCUAAGGCAAGAAAAGAUUUUGAGGUAGUUGUAGAUAGUAAUUUGGUGCAUAAGCUUGCUAUCUUAGUGGCUGACUACAUGGGUGGACCAGUUGAAGAUCCUGAAAGCAUGGCAAGAGCCUGGAGGAGUCUCAGUUACAGUUUAAAAGCAACCCUUGGUAGUAUGGUGUUACCACUGGGCUCGCUGACCAUAGGAUUGGCUAGGCAUCGUGCCUUGUUGUUUAAGGUUUUAGCUGAUAGUGUGGGCAUCCCAUGUCAGCUGGUGAAAGGACUACAAUAUACAGGUUCCGACGAUGUGGCUAUGAACUUUGUCAAGAUUGAUGACGGGAGGGAGUACAUUGUUGAUCUGAUGGCUGAUCCAGGAACACUUAUUCCUUCUGAUGCAGCUGGAUCACACAUUGACUAUGAUGAAUCUUCUUUUGUAGCUACUCCUUCAUCAAGAGACCUUGACUCCUCUCAUAUGGCAUCAUUUGGCAGUGGGGUUGGAAGUUCAUUUGAUGGAACUCUAGACUUUGGGACACAAGAUAAAGGAAACAGAUCAAAACAUUCUGUCCAUGCAGGGAAAGAAUCUGAUGUAAUCAGUCCCACUACAGGCAGGGAAGAAGUAAAGAAUGCCAUAGAUAAAUUCAAAGGUGCUAGUAAUGUGGAAAAGGUCAUAGUGAGAGAAUCUCCUAGCAGACUUAAUUAUCCAUAUAUGCAUGGAAGAUCUCCUUCUUGGACUGAAGGGAUCAGUUCCCCUGCCGUGCAUGGAAUGAAAGUUAAAGAUGUCUCCCAAUAUAUGAUUGACGCUGCAAAGGAGAACCCUAAAUUAGCUCAAAAGCUUCAUGAUGUUUUACUUGAAAGUGGCGUUGUUGCUCCUCCAAACCUAUUUACUGAAGUUUAUCAGGAGCAGCUAGGUUCCCCAUCUGAGGCAAAUUUUCCAGUUGAUGAAAAAGGUGAAUCAAAACAGGGACGUAUACAGCAAGAUACUAAGGUUAGUGAUAAUCAAGGUCUUGCUCAGUUUUUACCUCCUUUGCCCCUUCAGAGAGUACAUGCCAAAGCAAGUCCUCGCAGUCAGCUGGACCAUUCUAAGCCUUUAGAGGGUUUGGGAGUCAACUUACCUCUUGAUACAAGGGAGGCUACUGGACAGCAAAUAUCGUCUCAGGCAGAAGCAACUCAGGUAAAAUAUGGGAAAAAUGUCCCAGUUGCUGCGGCUGCUGCCGCCGCCGCUGCUGUUGUUGCAUCUUCUAUGGUAGUUGCUGUGGCGAAGUCAAGCACUGAUUCAAAUCUUGAGAUUCCAGUAGCAGCAGCUGCCACUGCUACUGCUGCAGCUGUAGUAGCAACCACUGCCGCUGUCAGUAAACAGUAUGAGCAGAGUAGUCGAAGUGAUGCAGAUGCAGAGGCUUCUGGUCAUGAUCUGAGGGGUAAUAGUGACGGAGAGCAUGUUGCUUUAGGAGCAAACUCAGAGGGCGAGAGAAUAUCUGAUAGAUCAGCAAGAAGUGAUAGUGCAAAAUCGGAUUCUGCCCUAGAUGAUGUUGCUGAGUAUGACAUUCCAUGGGAGGAAAUCAUGAUGGGCGAGCGUAUUGGGCUUGGAUCAUAUGGGGAAGUGUACCACGGUGAUUGGCAUGGAACUGAAGUUGCUGUAAAGAGGUUUCUAGAUCAAGCUAUCUCUGGUGAAUUACUUGAAGAGUUCAAAAGUGAGGUCCAAAUAAUGAAGAGACUAAGGCAUCCAAAUGUUGUUCUCUUCAUGGGAGCUGUAACUCGGCCUCCAAAUCUUUCUAUUGUUACUGAAUUUCUUCCUAGAGGGAGUUUGUAUAGGUUAAUUCACCGACCUAACAAUCAACUAGAUGAGCGAAGGCGGUUGAGGAUGGCCUUAGAUGCUGCUCGUGGAAUGAACUAUUUGCACAGCUGCUCUCCAGUAAUAGUGCAUCGUGAUUUGAAGUCCCCUAAUCUUCUUGUAGACAAAAACUGGGUUGUAAAGGUUUGUGAUUUUGGCUUAUCACGAAUGAAGCAUAGUACAUUCCUUUCUUCCAGAUCAACUGCAGGAACAGUACUGUUUUCUUGGAGCUCCUUAUUAAGGCCUUCAUUUUCUUGCAUUAUCAUUGUAUUGUCUGCAUUGAUGAAAAGAAACUUCAAGACUGCUAUUGGGUAUGCUGGUUACUUCAUUAUGUAUUAUAUGCUUCAGGCUGAGUGGAUGGCUCCAGAAGUCUUAAGAAAUGAGCUUUCCAAUGAAAAGUGUGAUGUGUAUAGCUUUGGGGUCAUAUUGUGGGAGCUCUCUACACUGCAGCAACCAUGGGAAGGAAUGAAUCCAAUGCAAGUUGUUGGUGCUGUUGGUUUCCAACAUCGGCGUCUUGACAUUCCAGAUGAUGUGGACCCUGCAGUUGCAGAUAUCAUCAGGCAAUGCUGGCAGACAGAUCCAAAGUUGAGACCCACGUUUACCGAAAUUAUGGCUGCUUUGAAGCCAUUGCAAAAGCCUAUUACUGGUUCUCAAGUGGUAAGAACAGGUGGUCAGUCAUCCAGAGCUGCCGAAGGCCCUGCAUGAUAGUAGAACAUUAUACAGCUAACUGAAUGUUUAACUUUGCUGGUAAAAAAUUGAGGGCAAGUUGUAGAGUAUUUUGCCAUUUGGAAUCAAAGAAACUGAAUGGUUGAAGAUCAUCGUCUAACGUACACUGUCACUGGACUACUCUUGCUCCUUUCCUUUGUUUUCUGCUUGAUUCCUCACUGACUCUAUUCUCUUGUGCAAUCAUUGCCAGGUUGUACCAUUUGUUUUGUACAAAAUUCUUUGGGAAAAUGUUGUAAUCAAUCAGUUUUUAAGUUUUGAUGUCCAUAGAAUAACUAUGAUAGUUGCCAGCUCUAAGUGUAACUUGAAAGGAAAAGAAAGGAAAGGAAGGCAUAGCAACAAGUGAAAUUUGUUUGCUGCUGAACUGUUAUUACAUAUUAGUGACCAUGUAAAUGUGUUUCAGUUACCAGUAUUUCCUUCCUUUUCUCUGUUGAUGCACAUUCAUGUGCUUUUGAUUAUUGGAUAUGGUUUCUUGCAUUCUCUUUCCCGCUGAAUACUUUGGGUGUUUGGAGAGAAGGGUGCUGAUUUUGGCACUUGUAGAGUACAAUGUUGAAGUUGCUCCAUUGCACAUGCUUAGCACUUAAGUAUAAUAAUUGAUGGAGGCGUUUCUUUCCAACCAGAACUGUAAAUUUAGAGUAUCCAC